GAAAAAGUUAGCCCUGAUUCAUCUAUAUAAGCUGAUUAACAAGCACUUGCAUCAUCAUCAGUUUCGAGUUUUAAGAAGUUUGGUGAAGUUGUUCAUUGCAUCUAAGGAAUGGCACCAACAAUUGAGUCAGUUAAUCAGGGGAAUGGAGGUUUUGAGGGAAAUAAUAAGCGCAGCGACAGGUUUGUCAAGGCGACCUGGAAGAACAAGCUGACAGCACUUGUGGUGGACAACGGAGAAUUAUGCCGAGUACUGGAGAGGGAAAACCUACGUGCCUAUGGUGUGGAAACAGUAGCUGUGGAGACAGGGGAGGCUGCAGUAGAGCUCAUUGCUUCUGGAUCAACCUUCAAUCUUAUUUUCAUUGACAUGUAUCUGCCUACCAUGAGUGGACCUGAGGCCGUGAGGCAGAUUCGUGCCAUGGGUGCCCGCAGCAAGAUUAUAGGUCUUACUGCAUUUAUUACUGAAAAAGAUGAACAGGACUUUUUUGCAGCUGGAAUUGACGAGUUCUUUGAAAAGCCACUUGAUCCAGAUUGGUUCGUCCCAAUCAUAAGGGAGGUGGACAACCAGAUAUGAAGCACUCAUAUAUAUAUACCAAAGUAGAGGACUCAAUUCUCCUGCAGGUCCUAGUGUCGUACCUUCAGUUUCCUUGUUGUAAUCGUUUUCUAUGUUGUUCUGGGAUGUAUUCUGUUGUCAUAGGCAAUUGAAGUACAUUUGCAGAAUUAGUAAUAACAGCAUUAAAAAUGCUCGUCUGUUUGUGUGUCUGUCCUUGUCUUUGUUUGUUGAAAGCAUAUAAAUGGAAUUGGGUCCUCUUUUAAGUUUACUGCAAAA